GCAUACUAAUCUUACACCAUACAGGUCAGGUAGCGUCAACAAUAGCGACUGUAGGCCAUGUAGUACUGAGAGAUAUCUGCAUAAGACGACACAGUUUGUAAAGGGGAAAAACCUGUGACUACAGCGUAGAGACUGUGGUACUCUUCAUCUGGUGGGAGUUCUGUCAAACUUGAGGGAACAAAACGUCAGAACACCGGUUCGCAAAAUAAAGUUUCACACUUACGAGCUACAGUCUAUCCUAUACUAUAUAACAAACUCACAGGCAAAUCCGAACAUCCACAAACCUCAGUUGAGGAUGUCAGUCGUAAAGAUCCAGGAUGCUGGCGGAGACAACAUCACUCUCCUGGAAGUAGAUGAUCAUCUGUACCCCAAUUCCCCCAUUGAUUCCCCCGCUGACGUCAUCAAAGGCAUCCGUGACCUCCCCAUCAGAGAGGAUGACGUCUUUGUCUGCGCGUAUCCUAAAUGUGGUACUCACUGGGUGUGGGAAAUGGCCCGCCUUCUUCUGUCGAGCGACACAGAGACUGUUAUAGAGAAGGAUGAAUUGAUGUUAGAGUUCAUCGGAAAUGACGCCUUAGAGAAGUUCCCGUCCCCGCGAAUUUUAAACACGCAUUGCUUUGUUGAGCAGCUGCCACGUGGUGUGUUUGAGAAGAAGUGUAAAAUAAUCUACAUUCUUCGGAACCCCAAAGACAUGGCAGUGUCGUUGUUCCACCACCACAAGAAGCUGAAAUGCUAUGAAUAUGAUGGGAAAUUUGAAAAUCAUGUCUCAUUACUGCUGGAUGGGAAAGUUGACUUCGGGUCGUUUUUCACAUACAUGAAGGACUGGGCUGCCAUUGGGACAACCCAUCCCGACUUGCCGACCUUGACCCUGGUGUAUGAAGAUCUAAAAGAGGAUCCACUUCCCGGUAUUAGAAAGCUAGCAAAGUUUCUGAAUGCUGAGAAAUCAGAGGAAUUUUACCUUAAAGUAAAAGAGUUGACGAGUUUCAACAAAAUGAAGGAAGCGAAAGGCAAAUUCUUUAAAGCAUCUGACGGUUCAGCUGUUAUGUACAGAAAAGGUGAAGUUGGCGACUGGAAGAAUUAUUUCACAGUGGCCAAGAACGAGAUAUUUGACAGAGCAUACAAGAAGAACAUGGCUGAUUGUGACAUAAACUUUAGAUACACGCUGCAAUGCGAGUAUUUAGGUCAUUUAUUAUCAGGUCGAUGCGACCUAAGUCCUGCUGCAACACUCCUGCUAAAGAUGACGACAGUGAAGAUCCCGGAUGGAGGGGGAAGCACUCUGACACUGCUGGAAGUGGACGGCCAUUAUUACCCAAACUCAUCUGCUGACGUCAUCAGGGGUAUACGUGACGUCAUGAUCAGAGAUGAUGACGUAUUGAUUUGCGCAUACCCUAAAAGUGGCACACACUGGCUGUGGGAAAUAACCCGCUUACUGCUGGCGGGAAAUACAGACGGGGAAAUACGAGAGAAGGAUGAGCUCCACCUGGAGUUCGUAGCAAAUGACGUCAUGGAGAAGUUUCCAUCGCCGCGAAUUUUGAAUAUGCACGUGCUGUUCCAUCAGCUGCCGCGGGUAGUGCUAGAGAAGAAAUGUAAAAUUAUCUCCCUUGUCAGGAACCCGAAAGAUGUGGCAGUCUCGUUCUACCAACACCAUAAGAAUCUACCGAUGUACUAUCAAUAUGAAGGAACGUGGGAGAAUUAUCUCCCCUUAUUUCUGGAAGGCAAAGUUGACUUUGGCUCUUGGUUCACGUACAUGCAGAAUUGGGAGAAAGAGAUGAAGAACCAUCCAGAGUUACCGUUCUUGACCGUCAUUUACGAGGAUUUGAAAGAGGACUCUUUGUCAGUGAUCAGGAAGAUGGCGGAGUUUCUAGGGGUUGAGAGAUCGGAGGAGUUCUACGAGACAGUGGCGGAAAGGACAAGCUUCAGUCAUAUGCAGGCCACCAAGGGGAGACUACUCAAGGAACACGGUGGAACUUCAAUAGUGUACAGGAAAGGUGAAGUGGGAGACUGGAAGAAUCACUUCACUGUGGGCCAGAGUGAGAUGUUUGACGAACUGUACAGGGAAGAGAUGGGCCGAAGCAGUUUUAACUUCAGAUAUUCCAUAAAUGACUCCGUCCCUUAGGCGCUGUACGGAGUUGUGUUUCUCAGGCGUGCCAGAAUUCUAUGUAAAAACAUGGACUGAGUAUGUAUAAUAGAUUUCUACAAAACUUUGAGCAUAUAAAAUUCUAUCGGUAA